AUGAGAACUACAGAGAACGUGGAUAAGACUAGUGCCACACUAAAUUCUAACAGGACCCCCCCGGGAAGAUACAUUUAUUUGGAAGCACUCCUGCAGGGAGGAGCACCCUGGGGGUUUACUUUGAAAGGUGGUCUGGAGCACGGUGAACCAUUAAUCAUUUCUAAGGAUGUUUGCGAGUAUAUUGAGCCCCAUCAGGAUUAUCUUCUCUUUGAAGAUCAGCUCACCAAAAACUUUAUUUUGUUUGCAACUUUGCUUCUUCUUCACCACAAAGAUAUUCACAGUUCUCAGAGAUUAGAAUAUGUGGCAAAGCAGGGAAAUCUGCCUUUUGUCAUCAGAGUGGCAUAUGAGUCCACCCUGGGGCAAAUUGAAGUAGGAGGCAAAGCCGACUUGGUGAGUUCCAAACUGCGGGCUGGAGACGAGGUCAUACACAUCAAUGAGGUGGCUCUGAGCAGCUCCAGACGGGAGGCUGUUUCCCUGGUGAAAGGCUCUUACAAGACUCUUCGGCUCGUGGUACGAAGCCAGCAGGAAAUCUUGCUGCCAAAUCUCUUCUCCAAUCUCAGUUCUUUAAUACCAAACCCCGUUCAGAUUGAUGCAUUCUUCUAUAGAUAUGCUAAUGUACCAAUAAGGUUACUGAAGAGUCCAUAUACCCUUCCGGUCUGGGCAGGGUCCGAGGUGGUUUGCUCAGGCAGUAUCAGGCCUUCCCCCUUGGAAGUGAGUGUGGCACAGAGGGCCAGCAGACCCAGCGUGCCAGCGGCCACGGUAGAAACCGGUUCUCAGGUCCUGGCCGCGUGCACUUCCCCUUCCAUCUGGGGGCCUGCUGCUGUCAGGCAGGCCAGCCGGCGAUUGGCUGGGAGGAGGGCAGUAAUCCGAACUGCCUUUACUUCCAUAAGAGAUGCAUGUGCAGCUUCUGACUCUACAGACCCUGGCGUCGGUGACUCUGGCCCUGAGUACCCCACCUCUGACCCCCAGCACAGGAAGGCAGCAUGGUCAGGAGGAGUUAAGCUUCGGCUGAAGCAUAGGCACAGCGAACCCACAGGUCGGCCUUACUCUUGGCAUUCAACGAAAUUUGGGAAGAACCAACCUGAUGCCAGCAUGAUGCAAAUAUCACAGGGUACGAUUGGUGCUCCUUGGCCCCAAGGUUAUCAUUCCAGCUCCUCCACCAGUGACCUCUCCAGCUAUGACCAUGCUUAUCUGAGGCACAGUCCUGACCAGUGCAGCUCACAGGGGAGUAUGGAGAGCCUGGAGCCCAGUGGAGGAUACCCAGCCUGUCAUCUGCUUUCUCCAGCCAAGUCCACCAGCAGCAUUGACCAGCUCGGCCACAUCCACAACAAGAGGGACUCGGCUUACAGCUCAUUCUCCACCAGCUCUAGCAUCCUAGAGUACCCACCCCCUGGCGUCUCUGGCCGGGAACGGUCAGCCUCCAUGGACACCAUUUCUGCUCGAGGAGGUCUGCUAGAAGGGAUGAGGCAGGCAGACAUUCGCUAUGUCAAGACAGUGUACGAUCCCCGGAGAGGUAUCUCUGCAGAGUACGAGGUGAAUUCUUCAGCCCUGCAAGGUAGGGAGAUCCGGGCAGCAGCAGAUGGUCAGAGUUAUGACAAAUGUUCCAAUAGUGCAUCUCGGAGCAAAGGUGCAUCGCCUCCAUCCUGGAGCCAUCAGCAGAAUCCUUGUUCCUUGGAACUGGCCACGGACAACUUGCCUCCUAAAGUGGGUGCUCCCCUACCCCCAGCUCGGAGUGACAGUUUUGCAGCCCUUCGGCACAGGGAACGUCCCAACUCUUGGUCUAGUCUUGAGAAUAAACGCUUCUGCCGGCCUCAGGCCAACUCUUCAGGCUUGAAAUCAUCCUUCAUGGAAGAGCAGUUGCACACAGUUGUGGAAAAAAGUCCGGAGAACAGCCCUCCAGUGAAGCCCAAGCAUAAUUACAACCAGAAGGCCCAACCAGGCCAGCCUCUACUGCCAACUGGCAUCUACUCGGUCCCUUCUCCAGAGCCACAUUUCGCCCAGGUGCCCCAGCCUUCCGCGACUGCUAAUGGCACCCUCUAUCCGGCACUGGCCAAGGAGAGUGGAUAUGUAGCCCCUCCAAGAGACAAGGCGGCUCUUCUGGAUGAGAAUGGAAACCAAAAUGAAUCCAGUCGGCCUGGCUUUGCCUUUUACCAGCCCCCGGAACCUGAUCCUUUGGCCCCAGGAGAGAGAAAACCUGAACCAUCAUCAGUCAAAUAUAUUCCCUACAAAGUCCAUUUCCCUUCAGUGCCAGAAAACGAGGAGGAUGCCUCUCGGAAGAGACAUGUUGUGCCUCCCCAAGGCCACAGCCCGCAUGCGGGGGAGAGGAAGGGCAUGCAAGGCCACAAUCCUUACUCCAACUACCGCACCCUCAAAUCCCCUCCCGCCGUGGCCUGGCAGGUGGGGGAAGACAAGAAGUCACCCAGAACCGAAGAUCAGUGGGAGGGGACUUUCCCUGAGGACCACAAUGCCAACCUCCAGCAGAGGCCAGAGAGAGAAGGCCUCCACCAGGGCCUGCCUGUCAACUUGGGCAGGAACAGGUCUACAUUCUCUUCUCUCCAGAACAUUCCCGAAAGCCUAAGAAGACAGAGCUUUCCAGAGGUGGGAGAAAGAGCCCCAGAGGGCUACCGUGAUGGCCGGCUCCCCAGUGCAGAGUUCACCAAGGCAGAGGAAUCUGCGAGGCAGGGCGGCUCCGAUCACAGGAGCCAUCUGGACAGGCCGGUUUCCUAUCCAAGGCCUGAGGGGAGAGCCGCUGGAGCCUUGGCUUCAUUCCCAAGCUCAGACCCGAGGUAUGAGGAGCCACCACCACCACCACCUCAGACAUCCUCCAGUCUGAGCAGGAGGCGCCUCAGCCCGGGUGGCUCUGCGGCCCUGCAGGGCUUUCAGUACGGGAAGCCCCAUUGCUCGGUGCUGGAGAAGGUGAGCAAGUUCGAGCAGAGGGAGCAAGGCAGCCAGAGACCCCUGAGCGUGGGCAGCAGCACAGGCCACGGGCAUCAUCACUUCAGACCCUCCAGGACACUCAGUGCCUCAGGAGGUGACUUCGAGGAGGCCUCAGCCCACAACAACAUCCAGGCCUCUGAGUCCACCAAAGCCUCCCAGGGCCUUGAGGAGGCGGUUUUCCAAAACGGAGACUCUUGCAAGCAAUCCGAAGUUUCUUGGCAGCCUUGUGGCCAACAGCCUAGGCGGGGUGGUGUCGACCUAGACACCCCUAGCCACAGUGGGGAGCAGCCUGGGAGGCGUGAGGCCCGGUUGCUGCGCAGCCAGAGCACCUUCCAGCUCUUAGGGGACCACGGCGAGGAGGCUGAGUGGCCAGAGGGCAUCGGGCCCCCAACAGCGCUGCUCGAAGCCCCCUUGAGCCGGGCCUACCGCAACAGCAUCAAGGACGCGCAGAGCCGCGUGCUGGGCGCCACCUCCUUCCGACGGCGGGACCUGGAAUUGGGGGCGUCCGUGCCUGGCACCGCACAGGCACAACGGGCCUGGCGCCCGCGCCCCGCGUCCGCCCACGUUGGGCUCCUGCCAGCCUCGACGCCCUCUCCGUCUCCGCACACGCCCCGCGAGCGCCACAGCGUCACCCCGGUUGACAGCUACUGCGCCGGUGACAGCUACGGUGCCGGUGACAGCUACGGUGCCGGUGACCCUGGCCGGCAGGCGGCCCGCAAGGGGCCCCGUCGGCGCUUGACAGCCGAGCAGAAGAAGCGCUCCUAUUCGGAGCCUGAGAAGAUGAACGAAGUGGGCAUCUCCGAGGAGGCCACCCCGGCCACCCCGAGGCAGGGCUGGCGCGGCCCCGAUUGCUCCUCCGUGGCCGAUCGGCGCCGCCUGUUCGAGCGCGGAGAUUCUGCCUCUGUCCCCGCCGCCGCCGCCACCACCGCCAAGGCCGGCUCGACGCUCAGCCUGUCCGGGCCCGAGCUGAAGCAGUUCCAGCAGAGCGCGCUGGCCGACUACAUCCAGCGCAAGACGGGCCGCCGCCCCUCCGCCGCUCCCCCCGACGGCCCCGGCCUGGCCCCGGCCUCCAGCCUCUGCUCGCUGCUGCGGGAGCCCGGCUCGCAGGCCCGCCGCGAGGCCUCGGCCGCCCCCCGGGAUCGCAGCAGCUCUUUCGCCGGAGGACGCCUCAUCAAGGACUGGCGCCGCGUGGCCCCGGCCCCCCGGGAGCUGCCCCCCGGUGCCCUGGCCCCCGGUGGGCCCCGGCUGGAGCGCAAGCCCGCCCAAGUCUCCGCCCGGGCCGCCGCGGCGCGCAGGGCCGGCAAGUCCAUGUCGGCCGAGGACCUGCUGGAGCGCUCCGACGUGCUGGCCGUCCCGGUGCAUGUGCGCUCGCGCUCGUCGCCCAUCGCGGAGAAGAUGCGUCAGGAUGUGCUGCUUGGAGAAAGCAAUGGCUUUGGUUUUGUGAAGGAUCCAUGUCAUUUGGCUGACUCCAGCUCAAGGUCACUCAGCACCGUGGAAAGAGGCCAAGAAGAAAUACCAGUGUUCACACGUUGGAGUAGCUCAGGAGAUGAUCUCUCCAUGACCAGCGACCGCGUAGGACCCUUGGACCAUCAGCGACAUGCUGGGAGAGUGCCUGGCCCCAGGCCGCUCCCCGUGGGAAGGCAAGGGCAGUUCACCGAUCCCAAGGCUGUCCCUCUGCCACCGCCCUCCAUCUCCCCAAGCUGCUGCUUGCCGGCUGCUGCUGACCCACCUCCCAGGAGAGAGGGGCAGGGCGGGCAGCGCUCUCUGCCCCCCUAUAACCCUGCAAACAGCCACUGGAACAGUGGUUCUUGCCUUGCCCAGCCACCUAGCCCAGAGCAAGGGGUGCCAGGACACCACAGGAGAAUGUCCCUGCCCCAGCGGCCUCCACCCUCCCGAGUGAAGUGGGCCCCCACAGUCACAGUCACAGUCAGGGAGGACAGCCUACCUGAGGAGUCCUGGCCAUCCACAUGCGCAGUCCUCCAUCACAAUAGGGGGCAGCAGAGUCUCCCGAGUUCCAGCAGCACUUCCGACCCAGAUACACCCAUUGGGGUACUGAGCACUCCAGGGAGGAUCUCGCUGCACAUUUCUGAAUCGGUUCUGCAGGCCUCCCCUCCUCCUAGGGAGGACUAUGAUGAUGAGGUGUUUGUGGGGGACUUGGCCCCCAAUGCCACUUCCAGUCCCACCUUUGAGACUCUCCCCCCUCCCCCGCCUCCACCUCCACUUCCUCCACUGGACCAGGAAGCCCUGGACAGUAGCUUAGAGGACUUCCCGCCUCCUCCUCCCCAAGCUCUGUGCGAGGCACCACUAGACAGUGAUGACUACUUGGAACCACUGACUAGCUCCAGCACAUUUGUCAAGGUGACAGUUGCCAAGGAAAGGUCCAUACCUGGCACAGCCCACUUGGUUGGUGAUCAGAUUCUGCCUUCUAGAUCUCAGACUUCUGCAAAGGGUUCAGAAGCACCUGAGGCCUCCAGCCUGGAUUCUGUGCCCCAACUUGACAAGCCUCUUGGCCAGCAGCCAAGCCCUCGAUUGAUGCCUGCCACUCGGACCCAAAACCUCAAUCACCAGUCUGCAAAUGGGAUUCAGAAUUCCGGAAAGACUAUUAGCCCAAGUCCUCAGAAGAGUUGUGAAGAUAUCCGAACAGAGGUUCUGGCCAAGGAGAUUGUCCACCAAGACAAAUCUCUGGCAGACAUUUUAGAUCCAGACUCCAGGUUGAAGACCACCAUGGACCUGAUGGAAGGUUUGUUCCCCCGAGACAUUCAGUUGUUGAAAGAAAACGGCGUAAAGAGGAAAGCCACGCAGGGAACCUUGAGCUGCCGGGCAUAUGAAGGCAAGAGGAGUGAAGACAAGGAAGCAGUGGGUAUGUUGGUUGACUGUCCCACGUACUAUAGUGUGUCUGCACAGAAAGCUGAACUGCUCAACAUGAUCAGAGAUAUGCCCGAAGAGGUGAACGAGGAUGAGGAGCAGGCAGAUGUCAAUGAAAAGAAGGCUGAGCUCAUCGGCAGCCUCACCCACAAGCUCGAGUCCCUACAAGAAGCCAAGAGAAGUCUGCUGAUGGACAUCAAGCUCAACAACACACUGGGAGAAGAGGUAGAGGCACUGAUCAGCGAGCGCUGCAAGCCCAAUGAGUUCGACAAGUACAAGAUGUUCAUUGGGGACUUGGACAAGGUGGUCAACCUACUGCUGUCCCUCUCGGGCCGCUUGGCCCGUGUUGAGAACGUCCUCAGCAGCCUUGGGGAUGAUGCCAGUAAUGAAGAAAGGAACUCUCUCAAUGAAAAGAGGAAGGUCCUGGCAGGGCAGCAUGAGGAUGCUCGAGAGCUCAAGGAGAACCUGGACCGAAGGGAGCGGCUGGUGUGGGAUAUCCUGGCCAGUUACCUGUCUGAGGAGCAGCUCUUAGACUACCAGCACUUUGUGAAAAUGAAGUCCACUCUUCUUAUUGAACAGAGGAAGCUGGAUGACAAGAUCAAACUGGGCCAAGAGCAGAUCAAGUGCCUUCUGGAGAGUCUUCCCUCAAAUUUUACUCCUAAAAUAAACAUCCCUGCUCUGUCUCCCAACCACCAGGGCCAAACAACCCCCGAAAGUGGUGUUUUCCCAACAAUCACCUCUCCACUUUAAUCUUUCUCAACCCAACUCAAAGCCCACCCUCCUCUCCACACUUUAAUCUGAAAUAUGCCUCACUACAAACCACUGAGGGUUAAAAUCUGAGUUAUUGGAGGUUUCUUGGAUAAAAGGAAAAAAAUUAUGCCCAAAUAAAAAGCCUAUUUUUUGUUUGGGGGUUUGGGGUCUGGUUUUUUGGGUU